GAGUCACAGGCUGCAGAUAAGAAGACUAAUUAAUGGUGAUAAAUGAGAGAUGAACACCCACUACCUGACCACGUCGCGUGUCAACCCUCAGUUCUACACAUUUAGUCAGUUUUUCGGAGACCAUUGCGAUUGGGAGACUAGCAGGUGUGAUUGGGAGGCUAUUCUACAGGUUGCCUGGCAAAACUUCUGGCAUCGUGAGGGACACGAUCUGCUCGAGCUGAAGUGGCACAAGCGAUUUCCCGAGUACAAAGGCCUUAUUAACAUCGUAACGCCGGAGGAGCAAACAUUUUGGCAGGAACUGUGGGAAAAGCAUGUCACCGACUUGAGCGCCAAAUUUUGGCGUAUAUUAAACUGUGCGUUCGAGAAUUAUCAAAAUCAAUUGGCAAAGUCUUUCGAUACAAGUCUUAACCUAGUUGAAGAAGAUUUUCUCGAACUAAACAUUACUGAACAGCUGAGCCGGUCGGAGCAGGGCAAACUAUCAGAGAUCGCUGAGGACGACGAGACCUUUCUGUCAUCUACUAAGGAGUAUCGGAAUUUAGACGAAGACGAGCAGUUAAAGCUAUUGGGAUUGCCUACAACAUUUGGUACCCAAACUUGUCCGAAACAGAACAAACAUAAAAAAGAAUUACUUGAAUCUUCAAGUAGCGACUACAGUUACUAUAGUGAAGAACUGCUGAUCAUGGAAUGCGAUAAGAGUCUCGUGCUGCGUGGCGUUCAGAGUGGCUUGAUCACAAAGAAGAAAAAGGCAAAAAAAAUCGGAACCAAGGCCAGGAUGCCGGAGUUUAUGCAGGACGAGACGAAAGGCCAGAUGGUUAAGUAUUGGCUGAAGCGCUUUUCUUUGUUCUCUCGCUUCGACCUGGGCAUACGGUUGGAUCGCGAGAGCUGGUUCUCGGUGACGCCUGAGAAGAUUGCCAAACAGACGGCUCGUCGGCUGUCCUGCGAUUUAAUAGUAGAUGCUUUUUGUGGAUGUGGUGGAAACGCCAUCCAGUUUGCCAACACUUGCGGGCGCGUCAUCGCUAUAGACAUUGAUGCAGAAAAGUUGGCCAUGGCAAAGCACAAUGCUGGAAUCUAUGGCGUGGCCCAUAAGAUUGAAUUCAUCCAUGCCGAUUUCUUGCAGUUUGCAGUUAGCUCAAGGAUUCGCCCGAAUGUUGUCUUUCUAAGUCCUCCAUGGGGUGGACCCGGCUACCAAAAGCAAACAAACUUCGAUAUUGAGCGAAGCCUGAUACCCGUGGGCGCCAGUAAGUUGAUGAAACUGGCCCGUCGUCUCGCCGAUACCGUUGGAUUCUUUCUGCCCCGCAACUCCAACAUGCCCCAGGUGGUUGCUUUGAGUGGAGCUGGUCAGCAGUGUGAGGUGGAGCACAACUUUCUGGAUACGCGUAUGGUGGCUCUCACUGCCUACUACGGUAAUGAAGUAAUAAGGAAUCAUCCGCCAAAUGCAGAUGUCGCACAGUUGAAUUUAAAGAACAAAAUUGAAAACUAAGUUAUUUUACAAAUAGGUUUCUUUCAAGGUAUAAGUUAAUAUUAAGCCAACUUUACACUACUGACAAUAGUCGACCAUACUAUAAAUAUACGGGAGUGUUACAGAACCCGCUUCGGAUUUCAGAUUACUUGAAAAGUUAUUUGACUGUGUGUAAAUUGAAUGAGUUAACAUCUUUUGUAGUGGACUAAGUUUAAUUAAUUGCAGCUCUACGCUUUUGUGGCCCCUCUGACUUGUUUCAAUGUAAAACAUAAGAAUGUCUCCCUAAAGCUCCGCUGGAUAGUUUUAAUUUUUUUAACAAAGCAAGAUUUAAUAUUUCAUGGAAACCAAGGCAAAGGGAAACCUUGAGGUAAUAAGCGUUUCAAAUAAGAUAAUUACUUUUACUUUGUUCACGAAGCCACUUUCAGUAUUGUUUUUAUUUCCUUAAGUUUUUCUCUCGUUCGACAAAAGUUGACUAAUGAAUAAAGCCUCCUCUCGUAUGUAGCAACACA